AUGUUCAAGUCGCGUUCAGAUGCGCCCAAAAAUGGCGUCAAGCUACCCCCAUGGCUCGACCAUUUCAACGCCCGCGAUCUGCAGACGCUUUUUCGCUGCUCCGUCGCGGCAUGGGUGGCGACCUUGUUGAUAUUCAUCGGCCCUUCACUGGCCACCAUCGGCCAAGCGACGUUUUUUGCCUGCCUGGUCAUCUUCAUCGCCCCGCCCUCGGGAAUCGUCUUCGUCUUCAUGCUCGCCACUAUCACCAUGCUGCUCGGGAUAUGUCUCUCUUGGGCAUGGGGCGUUAUCGCGAUGAAGGCGGCGCUCGCGGCGCGACCUCAAUCAGACACGCAGGCGCGGUUGCAGGCGUUGCAGCAGGCUGUUGUUUCUCGUGCGAACGCGACGGGGGAGCCUGCGGCUGCUAUUCAGCAGGAGCUCAUUUUUGAUGGGUUUAUGCUUGAUGCGCGCGUGACGGUGAUUUAUUUUGUGAUGAUUUGCUUGUUCAUUUAUUUCUUGGCACGCUUGCGCGCGAAGAAUCCCAAGUUCGCGCUGGUUCAGGUGUUUGGGACGAUUAUUUCUGACCUGUUUCUGGUCAUUGCGCCCAUGUUGCCGUCGUUUUCAGGCACAUUGCCAAAGACUCUGAUUGAACCGGCGGCCAUUGGUGUCGGAUUAGGUCUGGCGUCGUCGAUUCUAUUCUUUCCACAGUCUACUUCGUCUACGGUUUUGCUGGGGAUGGAGAAGGUCAUUCAACUUGCUAAAAGCCCUGUGGACUAUACGCAGUCUAGUCUUUCCAAAGAAAGCGAUGAUUACUCGCUUGAGGAUCUCGUCAAGAUCAAAGGGCAGAUUAUCGCAGCUUACAAGGCCAUGGAACCGGCGAUCGGGUUUCUACCGUUAGACUUUUCAAUUGGCCGCUGGAGUGCGGAGGAUAUCAAGAGUCUCCAGAAGCCUGUGCGGAAUACGCUGCUGUCAAGUUUGUCUCUGUUGGAGUUCCAUAUCGCGCGAGUGGGCGGACACGCCAAACUGCAGAAACUGAAGGAGACAUCUUUUGAAAAACAGGAUAUUGAUGAAAAGGGAUUACGGGAGGUUGGACUACGCCAAAUGACUGACAGCCUUGAACUUGUGCAGGCCAUACAAAGCCCCGAGCACGAAAGUCUUCGAUCGGAGAACAUUCGGACACUAAAACAAACCAGCUCGGAGAUCCUUCCUGCCUGCCUGGAUGCUGUGACGACAAUUGUGGACUGUAUUCACCUCGUCAACAAGAAUCGCUGGCUUCCUUCACGGUCUCGUGAAAAGUACGAGAAGCUCCUUGACGAGGGUCCGAAAGUCUUGGAGACUCUCCGCAAAACGCGAACUUCAUUUGCAACUAACACUACCGAAGCCUUGAUUCAGACUCAUGGGGCGAUCUUUGAUGAAGAGGGAAACCUGAAGCCGGUGGAUACCUUGGUGGGCCAUUCCGUCCGGGGAAUCAUGACGGGCAUGGUCUUCGAAGAACGCAUGCUUUCAGUAACCGAUGCACUGGUUAGGUUACUGGCGCAUACCCUGACACUCCUGCGGGAACGUCCAAAGACACGACUUUGGUUCCCCACGAGUCUCCGAUACGCCGCAGCGUGGAUUUUCCAAAAGAAUGCUGUUGCUCCUAUUCCCGAAGAACAAGCCCCUGUGACAGAUCCCGACGAUAACGCAACUUCAGUCGAUGAAGCGCAGCUACUACUUCGAAUCAGUCGGGGCUAUCGACCGCGCCAGCGGAACGGCUUCGCAAAAGCUGUCCUGGGAACGUACCACUGGUUCAUCAGUGCUGAAGGCAUGUAUGCGCUGCGUAUGGUUAUCGUGACCAUUGCCCUGGGCAUUCCUGCCGUGAUUCCUAGCAGUGCGGGCUUCUACUACCGCGAAAAGGGAUUGUGGGGAUUGAUUAUGGCGCAGACAACAAUGUUGGUGUACAUGGCAGACUUCGCCUUUUCAGCUGUCUGCCGGACAAUCGGGACCGUUGUUGGUGGUCUCCUGGGUUUGGUGGCGUGGUAUAUCGGGUCGGGUCAUGGACCAGGUAAUCCGUAUGGAUUGGCGGCUAUCACCGCGGCCAUUAUUGUAGUGUUGAUGUGGGGUCGACUGUUCUUUUCUCCGGCUCUACUGCAAGCGGUUAUCAUGUGUGCUGCAACGUUUGUAUUGACUGUUGGCUACAGCUACGACGAUACACACAUCCCCCAAUACGGCAACCCAGGUGUCGGCUACAACGUCUUCUGGCGCCGUCUCGUCCUCGUCCUCGUCGGCAUCACAGCAGCAACCAUCGUCCAAUUAUUCCCCCGUCCGCCAUCCGCAACCCGACACAUCUCCCAUUCCCUCUCCAACACCCUCCGUUCCCUGUCCGAUCACUACGCCCUUCUACUCACCUGCUGGGGCCACCCGGAACACCGUGAAACCGGCCAGAUUGCGGAAAAAAUCUCCAUCGAUCUCGCUGAGGUGCUCACCACCCUUACCGGUCCUAUUGCUCUUCUCCGCUUCGAGUUCUCAUCUUCCCGUUUUGACUCCCAGACCCUGCACCAGGUCCAAUCCCUCUGCCAUGAGCUAAACCAGAACCUGGGGAGGUUGCUCUUCCUCUCCGGCUCCCUACCACUGGACUUGCAAACCCGCUUCGCGCAUAGCUUCGGCAUCCUCGAUCAUCGACAGAUCGGUGAUGCUAUGGCCGUCCUGGGUGUCGUAGAGCAAGCCCUCAAGACCGGUGACGCACUACCAGAGGUACUCCCAACACCACUGCUCAAACGAUCGUAUGAAUACUGGAUGCAGCGCUCGGGAGGGUUCAAGCUAGGCGUGGACUUGGUCCGGGACGAGAAUUAUCGCAAGUAUUGUGUGGCUGUUAGUUCGUAUGUGCGAUUCCUGGGUGUUGUAGAUGAGUUGGUGCUUGUUGUUAAGAAGACGUUGGGCGAGGUGCAUGUUGUUAGCCGGGAGGUUUGGAAUGUAUAGUAUAGCUAUGUUUGUAUAUAGCUUUGCAAAAUGAUAAUAUUUAACCAGGACUAUAAAGUCUACU